CGUAUCGUCUUGCACGAAGAGAAAUAUAAUGUGGUAACAUCUAUCUCCAUGUUCUUUGUCCAAAAAGAAUCUAUCUCCAUGUUAGCGUUGGCGCCGACUAUAAAUUCCAGCCUGCCUACGAUCAUUCACAACUCAUCAGCCCGAUCGUUGUCUCCUCUAUACCCUAGCUCACUCCACUCCGCACACUAUGAAGAGCAUGGCCCUGAUGACCCGCCUCCUCGUCGUCCUUCUCGGCACUGCAUUGCCGCUCCUCUUCUUCUCCCCUGCAGAGGGUGGCGAGGUGGGCGUGUGCUACGGGAGGGUGGCCACUGACCUGCCGGACCCGGCGUCCGUGGUGCAACUGCUAAAGAAAAACGGCAUCACCAUGGUGAGGAUCUACGACACCGACCCGACGGUGCUGCGCUCGCUGGCCAACACCAAUAUCAAGGUGAUGGUGGAGCUGACCAACGAGGAGCUGCCGCUCGCGGCGGCCAACCAAAAUAAUUUCGCGCUCCAGUGGGUGCAAAGCAACGUGAAGGCCUACUACCCGGCCACGCUCAUCAAUGGCGUGACGAUCGGGAACGAGGUGUUCAAAGAGGCUAGCCAACUAAACUCCCAGCUCGUCCCGGCCAUGAAGAACGUGCAGGCGGCGUUGGCUAAACUUGGCCUGGCGGACGCCAUCAAGGUGACGACGCCCAUCGCGUUCGACGCGCUAAAUCCGUCGUUCCCGCCGUCCGCGGGCACGUUCCGGGACGACAUCGCGCUGUCGGUGAUGAGCCCCAUGGUCGACUUCUUGCAACAGACGGGGUCGUACCUCAUGGUGAACUUCUACCCGUACCUCGCGUACCUGGCUACCCCAGGCAUGUCCAUUAACUACCUCUUGUUCCGCCCCAAUAGUGGCGUGCUUGACACUGGUAGCGGACAAAUGUACUUUAGCCUCUUCGACGCCCAGCUCGACGCAGUCUACUAUGCGAUGGAGAAGCUCCCGUCCUCCAGCAUGCACGUUGGGGGGAUGAGGAAGCUCACGGCAGGAGGUGGAAGCCCAGACGUGCACCAUGGGGAGGAAGGACACCCAAACAAAGGCCACGGUGGCGUAGGAACCCCACAAAACGCCCAAGAUUUCAUGGCUGGUCUCACACGCCAAGUACUGCAGGGUAACUCUGGCACCGCCGCCGCAAACGGACACAGCCCGCUCGCCGCCAGCGCCGUCCGCGGCACCCCGCACCGUCCCAACGCCGAUCUGAACGUGUACAUCUUCGCCCUAUUCAACGAGAACAGCAAGCCCGAAGAUGACCAGGACUUCGGGCUGUUCUACCCGAACCAGCAACCGGUGUACCCGAACCCGAUCGACUUCGUCCAUGGCGGCACCAGCGGCGGGCCCUUGCAGGCAAGCUAUUGCGUGGCGAAUGCGGCGGUCGGGGAUGCGGCAUUGCAGGCGGCGCUGGACUUCGCGUGCGACAACAGGGAUGGCAAGAGGGCAGACUGCAGCGCCAUCCAGCCAGGCCAGCCCUGCUUCGAGCCCGACACCAAGCUCGCGCACGCGUCCUACGCCUUCAACGACUAUUACCAGAAGAACGGCCGGGAUAGAAGCGCCUGCGACUUCAGCGGCGCCGGCACCAUUGUCAACCAGGCACCAUCAGGUGCGUGCGACCCGAGCCCGAGCUGGUGCGUGGCGAACGCGGCGGUGGGCGACACGCGGCUGCAGGCAGCGCUGGACUACGCCUGCGGCCCCGGUGGCGCGAACUGCACAGACAUCCAGCCCGGAGCACGGUGCUUCGACCCCGACACCAAGGUCGCGCAUGCGUCCUUCGCGUUCAACAGCUAUUACCAGCUGCGUGGCAGGGCCACCGGAACGUGCGACUUCGCCGGCGCCGGUACCAUUGUCGGGCAGGCACCAAAGAUCGGCAACUGCGUGCUGCCGUCAACGGCCUGAGGUGAAGAAACUAGCCAAGGCAAAGCUUUGCUACCUACGAGAUUAAGCAAUAAUCCUACGGAUUAUCCUGUGCUGUCAACAAAGUCUAGUUUUCAAAUGUUAGUUUGGCUUGGUCCUUUGAGAACGUUGCCUUUUUGUUCCCUUAGCCCUGCGUGGCCAGUUUCAGGGUUUUUUUUAGAAAUUUCUGGCUUAGCUACUCUGGCAUGGCGUCAACGCUGUAAACUGUCAUGGCUUUGGCUUGCUCCAUUUUAAUAAAGGGUCUGACUAUGUCAUAUCUAGAUAUAAGAUAAUAUCUCACAUCUUAUUUUUGAGACUUCCUCGCCAGACUUUAUUUACAUUGUCAUAACAUUUACAGGAUAAAAUUCAAAUCUCCGGGGAUGCCUAACCAGACACGGUGGCCUAACCCGAGCGAAAGUGCAUGCCUAGCAAGAUUGUGAGCCUCAAAAUUCAAGCUCCUAAACUCAUGGGCAAAAUUACAACUAAUAAAAGCAUUCGAUCUCUCUAUGAUUUCAUGUACAAUUGCUACAUGAUUCGAUCUCUCUAUAAUACCUCACAUCUAAUACGACGACAUCCGCAAAAGGUCAGCGCUGGACUAGCCCACCACGUCGUUCUCUUAUUUGUUUGUUUGUUUUUCCUUCGAUCCAAUUCUCGUACAUGGCUUACUGACACUGGAGACACAGGCGAGCGGUUGUGGCCUCCUGCCAACAAAGGAUGGCCCAAGCGGAGCGGCUAGCGGGGCGGCCGAAUUACGUGUUUAUUCUUUUCAACACAUUCACACGUGCACCGUUAUUCUCAGAAACAAAUGUACACGCACUCGCUCACUUCUAGUCCUAGACCUAGCAGCUAGCUUCAUAUAAUCAACGAGCGUGCUACAUCACAUAGCUAAUUACAUCCUCUAGUAAUCAACACCCUACAUCUCUCACUCAUCUAUUAAUCAACGAGCAACAAUUUUUUUUUGCUUUUUUGAACAUUCUACAAUUGAAGCCGCUCACGUAUACAAGCAUACACCCAUCUUUAUGAACACAUGCACGCACACACUACCCCCUAUGAGCACCUUUGACAUACUGAGUCGGCAUAACAUCUUGAGAUUGAUGAAGUCGCCAUAGACGACUCGUAGUCGACGGGAACAUCUCCUCCUACUGAACGAAACUAUAAAAAAAUCAUGAAUUUUAAGAAAAAACUUUGGCCGUUGUCCACCAAACAUUGACUAUUGACUUUAAAAACAUAAAUUUGAAAGAGUUCAUAAAAAUAAAAAUAAAACAUAAUUUAUAAAGUUCACGACUAGAAAAUAUUCGUAAUAUGAAAAAAGUUUGUGAACAUGAAAAAAGUUCAGGAAUUUUAGAAAAAGUGCACCAAAAAAGUUCGCCAAGUUUUAAAAAAUAACAAAUUUGGAAAAAUCUCAUGACUUGGCAAAGCUCAUAAUCGGGACAAAAACAACUACAUGCACAAUUGCGAGUCAAGAGUGGACUUGCAACAUGGAUAACGAAAAAAAGGGGCCCAGUUGCGAGUUGAGGGUGGGCUUGCAACUGAGCCAAAAACAACUACGGGGUCUAGUUGCGAGUUGAGGGUGGGCUUGCA